AUGAUUUCGACAAUUCGAGCUUCUUUAUUAUUGAUACUUGCCACGUCGCUCAUCCCCGCAGCUCAAGCAGCAGGUGAUUUUGAGAUUUACCAUGCUGACGACUUCCCUGUGCAGGCUUGCACUGGUCUCCUAGGCAAAACAGCCAACUUUUUUGAAAGUAAAAAAGUCGCCAAGGAUGCCUAUUGUAGUGUCAAGAACCAGCAAGCGUUGGGGACCAUGGCCGAGUGUAUUGAACGGUUACAAGAAUCAAGAAACCACAACUCGAGAAAAUUGUUUCUCAAGAGCUGCAAAAAAUCAAAUCUCACCGAGGCAAAGUAUCUUGACGCCUAUCACAAUGCCACUAGUUUCGGAUUCGUCGACACGACAAAGGACAAGAGUUUCAACAAGACCAAGCCUUAUUCUAAACCGGUGCUCGUUUCAGCAAAGAAGAUUGAUGCUGCGUAUGAUGCCGUUGCCACUAGAUGGUACAACUACAACUAUGCCCACUGGUUCGGCAUUGCGUUGUUUGCCUAUUGGUUCGGCAUCUUGUUCUACGCCGGUGCCGUUAACUUCCUUUCCUUUGCCUGCCCCGGGUUGAUCAUGUCCUUAAAAGGUAAAGCAGUCAAUGUUUUCCGUCGGUACGUGACGCUUCCUGCCUUGUUCGGCAAGACCCAUGCUCACCACAAGACCAUCUUCAGCCACUUUCACGUGAUGUUCCCCACGAGGCUCGAGUCGUUGAUUGUAUUUGCCUGGUUCGUGAUGGCAGUUGUGUUUUGUUGCACCAACUAUCACCAUGUCAGCCCCAACUACAUCUGGCCUCAGAAAUGGAACGAAAUGGGCAGGAAAAUCGCCGAUAGAACCGGGAUCAUUGUGCUCUGGCAGAUGCCCAUCCUUGUUUUGUUUGCAGGCAGAAACAAUUUCCUCCAAUGGAUCAGCGGUUGGCCCUAUGCGAGAUUUGUCUAUUUCCACAAGUGGAUCGCGAGAACUGUGUUUCUUAUUGGCAUUGUUCAUGCCGUGGGUAUGACUUUUAACGGAAGAGGUAUCGGCAAAUACUAUACAAGAAUGGCCCAGGCGUACGUGAGAUGGGGUGUUGCUACUCUCACCAUGAUGGGGUUGAUGUGUUUCCAAGCGUUGGCUGCGUUCAGAAGAAGCAACUACGAAGUGUUUUUGUUGAUUCACAUUGUGUUGGCGAUUUUUGUUGUUGCUGGACUAUGGCUCCACACAACGGAGCCCGGGUUCGAUAUGUGGAUGUGGGGAGCCGUGGCUGCGUGGGGGUUUGAUAGAGCUGUGCGUAUUGCAAGAUUGGCCUUUUUCGGUAUCAGGACCGCCCAGGUGCAAUUGGUUGCCAAUGAAACGUUGAGAGUUUCUGUGUCGAGACCAGCGUAUUGGAAACCAUUUCCCGGGUGCCAUGCGUUUAUACAUUUCUUGAGACCAACGUGUUUCUGGCAAUCGCAUCCAUUCACUAUUGUUGACUCCGUGGAGGAGAAGGAUACCAUCACAUUCUACUUGAAGGUUAAAGGCGGUGUCACUCAUGGGCUUUACCAGUACUUGUCGCAGCAGCCGGGCCAAAAGGCCCAGGUCAAAGUCACAGUGGAAGGACCAUACGGCAGCCCCAUCCCCGCUAGCAGAUACGAAUCGGGUUUGUACAUUGCUGGUGGAAACGGUAUUCCCGGCAUAUACUACGAAGCCACCGCGGUGGCGAAAAAAUUGGGGUCCAAGAGAAGACUCCAGCUUUUCUGGGUUGUGCGCCAUUACAGAUCUUUGGAAUGGUUCUACCGUGAGUUGCAAAAACUUGCAACCUUGCCCAUUGACACUAGGAUCUACGUCACGCAACCACACGUGGGUUUAGUUGAGCCAAUCACGUCCAACAUCACCGACGACGAAGUUGAGCAACAAGAGGAACAGGAGAAGAAAUCGGACGUGGAGGAAAGUACCGAUUACAUUGUCCAGUUGAAGAAAUCGUUGAGCCACAUUGAGUUUGUUGAGUCGCGACCAGACAUGUAUCAGCUUGUCGCUACUGAAAUCAGCGCUGCCACUACUCCUUUGGCGAUUGCAAGUUGUGCUCAUGGCAGCAUGGUGGAUGACAUUAGAAAAUCCGUGGCGGACAAUUUGGACAACUCGCCGUAUAGAAUCGAGUUGUUUGAACAGAUCCAAGCUUGGUGA